AUGGCUGGAACGGGCGUGGUUGUUCUGCUUCUAGUCCUAGGAGCUCGUGCCUUGAAGGUGUCCCCUACACCUGCCCAGGCAAGGGGAUAUAUGUCCAUUUGGUCUCCGCACCUCCAUCACAGUCCCAGGAUAAAGCUGGUACGCGGGAUGAUAUACGGAUCACUAAGUGGUAUCCUAUCAGCCCACUGCCUUCUCCUUGCAAAAUCUGCAGUCGAGCUGGUUGUACGAACGAUUUCGGAUCAGGACAACCAGUUUGUCUAUUGGCAGUCUUGGAUCAUCCUACUUGCGCUAGUUGCUUUGGCCCUGACUCAGAUGUACUAUAUGCACCGCGGCCUGAAAUUGUGCAGUACAAGUGUCUUAUAUCCUUAUGUGUUUUGCGUUUACAACAUAAUCGCUAUUUUAGAUGGCUUAAUAUAUUUUCACCAGGCCUCUCAACUUUCCGGGAUACACGCUGGAUUGAUAGCCCUUGGAACGGUCAUUCUACUGUCCGGUGUCCUUUGCCUUUCUUGGAGAUUGGAAGAAUCCCCUACGCAUCCCGGACAGGCUGCCGUGCCUCCUCCAACAAGCGCUAUAGGUCCUGGUCUUGGUUUAAUGGAGGAACCAGAUGCCUCGGCUGCAACAUACGCCGAUUUCAUACAACCCCAUGACGAAGAAUCACAUCUGGGCGAACGUCAACCUCUACUACAUCAUACACCCCGUCUCCGACAGCCUUCUAGUCCCUUCAACCACCCAUAUCGAGCCUCCACCUUUUCACACAGACGUGCCACCAACCCAGGUCUAGAAACUGCAGAGAUCUUGGCAGAGCUCCGAGACGACCAAAACGAAGAUGACCUCGGCGGCCGUCGAGAGCUACUUGCUCGUUCGGCUCUCCUCCCCCAUGACUCUCCAUCGUGGCCUCGUCGAGCGUCAAAACGACAACGGCGUAAGAGCACAACUUCCGUUUCAACCGGCCAUAGACGUUUAUUUUCUCUCUGGGGAACGUCCAGCGAGACUACGGUGCCUACAGGCAGUGACCGGGAUAGCAGAAAACUCACAGAUUCCAAAAGAGCAAGUUUUGCAGAGAGAUCUUAG